AUGUUCUUCCUCAAGCAAGACCCAGAGACUCCCAAGGAGGCCUUCAACUGGCGUCUCUACUACGGUAUAUUCGCCUUUGCUAUCCUAGGCUUCGCACGCUCACUCGACGAGAGCCUCAUCGGAACAUCUGCCUCACAACCCAGCUUCCAGCGUCGUUUCGGUUUGGACGACCCUUCACUCAGCGAUGCUCAAAAAGCCGAUCUGCUUGGUAAUAUCGUCGCCAUGGUUCAGGUCGGAUCUAUUGCAGGAGCCCUGAUGGGGUUCUACAUUACAGACAAGAUUGGUCGACUCUGGGCAGUUCGGGAAAUGUGUAUCCUCUUGGUUAUUGGAUUUGUUAUUUUCCUAUCUGCUGGGGUGAACGGUAGCCUGGGCAUGGUUUACGCUGGUCGGUUCACUGCGGGUAUGGGGAUUGGACAAUCUGUUCUGGUUGGACCGAUCUAUCUAGCUGAGACAUCACUGAAGCACAUGCGAGGCUUUAGUGUAUGCAUGUUCGCUGGCUCUGCCUACCUGGGCGUCGUGCUGGGUUAUUUUGCGUCUCUAAGAAGUAUCAUAAUGGCACUCAAGCUGACCUCGUCUACGAUUGUUCCGAAUCUGCUGAACAUCUACGUUGCUAUCAUCAUCUUCGCUCUUUCGUUCGGCGCUAUUGAAUCUCCUCGAUGGCUGAUGAAAGUCGGACGAUACACCCAAGCGACGGAGAACCUCUGUAAGAUCCGUGGCCUGCCAGCAGAACAUCCGUUCGUUCGGACUGAACUGCACGCCAUCCAAGCACAACUCGAGCGAGAGCUGGAGGCGAGCUCAAGCCUUUUCGCCUCCUUCAAGGACCUCUUUGUAAAGCCUGCGAAUCGAUAUCGAUUGUGGCUUUCGGUCGGCUCUCAACUCUUGAGCACGUGGUCCGGAGCCAGUUCAAUCACUAUAUACGCCCCGCAAUACUUCGCUAUUCUGGGAAAGACCGGCCAAGAUGAAAAGCUUCUCGCUACAGGUAUCCUUGGAAUCGUCAAGUUCUGCUCCUCCAUGCUUUGCACCAUCGUGCUGGUCGACUACUUCGGCAGGAAACGAGCACUUCUCUCAGGCAUCACACUGCAGUUCAUCGCGAUGCUGUACAUUGCAAUCUUUCUCGUCGUUGACCCGAGCGUCUCAACGAAAGGAAGCGUCCAAUCUUCGAGCCAGAAAUCAGCAGCUACAGGUGCCAUAGCGAUGAUAUAUGUUUCGGGCUUUGGUUGGGCACUUGGAUGGAACUCUCUACAGUAUGUGAUCAACUCGGAGAUCUACCCACUACAUCUGCGAGCGAUUGGUGGCUCUCUUGCCAUGACGCUGCACUUUGCAAAUCAGUAUGGCAACAGCCGCGCCCUGCCCAGCAUGUUCCUCGCUUUAUCAACCGCUGGUACGAUGUUCUUCUUCGCCGCUAUCACUGUGGUAGGGCUGGUGUGGGCCUGGUUCUUCCUGCCUGAAUUGGCGGGUCAGAGUCUCGAAGCUAUCGACGCUGUCUUUGAGUUGCCGUGGCACCAGAUUGGUCGUCGUGGGAAGAGUGUAGGCAAUAGCCAUGACUACUUGGUUGAGCAGUGGAAUGAGGAGAAGGAGGCAGUUGAUAGGGUUGAAUAUGCGAAGUAA